CGAAGGGCGACAUGGUGGGCUUCCGUCAGUCGCUACGGCACCUGCUGGAUGCUCUACGUGAAGAAGUAUACGGCAUCAGCAUCGGCGGGCCACUUCCAAGCUUCAGUUCCGGUGGGCAGCUCCCCAGUUUCAGCUCACUGCCCAGCUUUAACGGCGGCGGGGCACCCGGUAGGGGCAGCGACGUGCAGCUCCGCGGUGGGUUUGCGGACCUGCGCGACAGCUUCGUGUCCACUGGGUCCUUCAACCCGUCGUUCCAGGGUCCUGGCGUUGAAGGCAGCAUGCGUCGACGCCGUCCGAAGUCUCAGUUUGCGAGUACGCGGAGUGACACGUCCAACUUCGGGUUACCCCCCACAAGGCUGUCACAAACUUUCGCCGAGACGACAGGAACCACGCGCAGUAUCACGUCGGACAUGAGUCUGUCGCACUCGAUGAUCGGCAACUUCUCCACCCUCGUGGGACGCAUCGACGACUUCGACGAGGAGGACGAGCUGUCGUACGCCGGCAUCCAAGACGACGACUUCGACUCGGACGAGGAGGAAGUGGAGGAGAACGGGGAAGUGCGCGUCGUGCAGGAGGAGGCUCCGUCGUUCUCCAGGGCGAUGCAGAUGCAGCAGCAUCCUGCUCUUGGCGCGCUCUCGAGCGACGGCAGCUUCGACACGCGCCAACGAGGAUCCAACUCGUCCAUAAGCAUGCUCGAGCUCGCCGAAUCGGGCGACAGCGUCAACAUCAGCUUCGAUGCACUGCUGGGGGACAAGACGCCGACCAAAUAAUUAACUAUUCAACACAAUGAUGAGAGUACUAGCUGUCAAGGGAACGCCGAGCUCUCUUUUUAUUAGGGCGGUGGCGAGUCAAACGUAACACAAGUGUAAUGCAACGUAUAAACCGAAGUUUGCAGUGUAGUGCGUUGAUGAGGGAUUGCUGCGCUUAUUUUUUUAUUAAUCUGCAUUUUUCUUCUUGGUCUAUCGCAUUUGACGCAAUUCGUGCAAUCUUCAGUUCUUGUAUCGCUUAGACGAUGUCUUCGGCAGUGCUGGCGCUGCCGUGUUGGUUUCGAGCCGACCCGGUCAACCGUAGACUGCUUUCCCUGCUAUGUGCUCCAGCACUUGCGCUCGAGAGACCUGACCCAGUACGCGAUCGAUCAUACCUGCUGCUA